GUAGGACUUUGGCAGAGCUGGCCAUGAUGUUAUGGUUCGUGGUCGGGGCCCUCCUGCCAGCGCUGCUCCUGGCUGCGCCCCCCCCCAUCAACAAGCUCGCCCUCUUCCCCGACAAGAGCGCUUGGUGCGAGGCCAAGAACAUCACCCAGAUCGUGGGGCACAGCGGCUGCGAGUCCAAGUCCAUCCAGAACAGGGCCUGUCUGGGACAGUGUUUCAGCUACAGUGUCCCCAACACCUUCCCUCAGUCCACAGAGUCCCUGGUUCACUGCGACUCCUGCAUGCCAGCACAGUCCAUGUGGGAAAUCGUGACACUGGACUGUCCAGGCAACGACGAGAUCCCCAGGGUGGACAAGCUGGUGGAGAAGAUACUUCACUGCAGCUGCCAGGCUUGUGGGAAAAAAGAGCCGAGCCACGAGGGAGCCCUGUUCAACGUCUACCUGAACGCGGAGGAGAACAUGCCCGCUGAGGGUCCCAGCCCCCAUCACUAUGCCCGCCACCACCAGCAGGAGGUGGAAGAACCUCCUGCCUCCAGCCACCACCACCACGAGGAGGAGGGUGACGAGUGACCUGGCCCUUGUGGACUGUCCU